ACCUUCAGUCGAUUUGUCGGUUACCUGCCCGAGAAGUCGGAAAUUUUUCAGGCUUCUACGUCACUGACAUUGAUAUUUUAUCCUUGUCCAUUCAUAAAAACCAGUGGAGAUAGAAACAUUUGAAACGACCAAAAGAACGAAAAAACGAAACGUUGCUCAAUAGUUGUAUCAGUAGCUGUCACACACUGUAUGCACAAUGUCGAAUCCACGGCAAAUAUUUGACUACAGAGAUGAAUCUCAAGCAGACAGGCUUGCAAGAAAGUCUAAGGACUCCCCAUUUAUGAUCAUAGGUAUCAUUGGGUUGCUGGGAGUGUGUGGUUUUGGAGCAUACAAGUACAAGACUAGGGGCAAGAUGAGCACCAGUGUGUUCCUAAUGCAGCUCCGAGUGGCAGCUCAGGGCACUGUUGUAUCAGCACUGACAAUAGGACUGGCGUACACACUAGUAAAAGAACAUUUACUAAAGGAUGAUAAGAAAAAAGAAUAACUUCAAUUUAGUUCAAUUUAUAGGGAAACUUCAACACCAUAAUCUUUCUAUAUAGAAUUUACAGCAUGUGCUAAUUCAAGAUUCUCAUUUAUUAUCUGUUUUGAUUGACCCAAUUAGGUAUUAUAUUAACUUAAUUUGCAUCGGUUUCCCUAAUUAGUAUAGUUUAGGAAUUAAUUCUUUUCUGUGAUCAUUUAGCAGGUAUUAAUUGAAUGUAAUAAUGUUAUUUAUUGGUUAAGUUAUUACAUAGGAUAACAUCAUUCAACUAAAUUUGUAAUUUCUUGGAUCUCUGACAAAAAACAUUGCUGUCAGUGAUCCAAAAAUGUUCAGAAUUGUUACUAGCUCAGGAUAGCAAUAUGUACUUAUAAUAAGUUAAUUUAUUGUAACAAUAAUUGUGUACAAACAGUUUAAGAUAUUGUCCAAUAACAUACCAAAGGUAUUAAAUUGAAUCUCUACUUGUUAUUCUAUAAUCUGAUAGGGAAAAGAUCUGUAAAAUAUUUUUGAAAAUGUUAUUGUGUAAACAACAGAAAAUGUUAUGGUAUAUUACCUACCAUGCUUCUAAUGUAAAAUAAAAGAUAUUUUAAAAUUGA